AGUAGUAGUUGCAAAGCGGAAAGAAAAUGGCGGCCGUGGCUGCGGAGCCAGGAGCUGCUGCUGCUGCUGCAUCAACAACAACAGUGGGGGACGGGCUCGAGUACGAAGCGGAGCCCGGUGAGCAUGUGGCCGGCUUAGAGCCCGACUCAGCAGCGGGCUUCGUCCCAGAAAUGGAGCUGUGUCACCAGGCUGAGAGUGUGGAUGCAGUUCAGGAAUGCAGUCAGGUCCGAAUGGAAAUGAGAAGGCCGGACCUGCGAGUCGCGGGAAAAGCGCUCCGUGUGCACGCAGAGGAUGGACACAGCGACACGGACGAGCGCGUGCUCACGGACUGCACGCAUAACGACACUGGGGUUGCAGAGGAGCGCCUGAAAGAGUCGUUUUCUCCAACCGCGCCGGCUGCUAAUAACGAGGUCAGUCCACACGAGUCCAUCGCCUGCUUUCCGCCCUGCUCCGGCUCAGAUCCUGAACCCGCCACCGUUUUCUCGCUUUCUGUCCCUGCUCGAGCUGCUCCUGAAGCGGAGACCGGAUUGUCCGUGACUGAAACGGGGGAACCAGACCACAGUAAUCCCGAAUCGGUGCAUCCUGCUGAUCUGGAGCAUGAUUUCGUAGGAUUAGAGACAAUCUCAGAGCCCGAAGCUGCAAGUGCUGCUCCCUGCUCCGACUUCAAACCUGCAGAGGAUGCUUUCCAUGAACGCCCUCAGUCUCCCAAAUCGCAGUCCACUUCAUCACAAGAGACCUCGUUUAGAGAAUCGGUUGCACAAAGUUGCACGAGUGACUCUUCUCACAUCUCCAGUAAGGACUCUGUCCAGCUUCCAGCAGAGAACGAGCAUCCUCACACCUCCCCAGAACCGCAGGAUGAGAGUUUAGUGGUGUGUGAGUCGGGUGUGAGCGCAGAGCCCGAGCAGAAAGUGUGUGCAGAAACUGUGGACAGACAGCCAGAGGCGAUCUGCGGGCUCGUGCCUGGUUCCGAGGUUCGGGUCUCACUGGAUCACAUCAUCGACGAUGCACUCGUUGUGUCGUUUCGUUUAGGCGAGAAGAUCUUCUCCGGGGUGCUCAUGGACCUUUCCAAAAGAUUUGGACCCUAUGGAAUUCCAAUAACUGUGUUUCCCAAGAGAGAGUACAAGGACAAACCAGAAUCUAUGCAGCUUAAGACGGAGGCAUUCCAGUCAGAGACUGAGAAGGGAGUCGCUCAAGGAACUCCUGACGUCCUUUCAGAGGAACCUGUGCAGGGGCCUUCAGUGGCUCAACCCAGUUCUAACCCCGAGCCCAACCCAUGGACCGUGAAACCACCCCCUUUGUUUCAGGAGGGGGCUCCUUACCCGCCUCCACUGUUCAUCAGGGACACCUACAACCAGUCGUUACCUCAGCCUCCACCUCGCAAGAUCAAACGGCCGAAGCGCAGGCUGUACAGAGAGGAGCCCACCUCCAUUAUGAAUGCCAUCAAGCUUCGACCGAGACAAGUGCUGUGUGAUAAAUGCAAAGGGGCUGUGGUACAAGGCGAGAAACGCGAAACGCGCAGAGGCCCUAUAUCAGACUGCCGGAGUGAUGAUGCAAAACGCCGGCGCAAUGAGAGCACAGCUCCGGGUGCUGGGAAGCGGCCUCGCAAUGAGGCACGUUCAGAGGACAGGAGCCGCUCAGCCGAUGUGCCCAAGCGGCAAGCUGCAGCGAUACGGGUCACUUCUUCAACCCCCUCCACUCUGGGCCAGAGCCAAGUAAAAGGAACAGCUGCAGGGAGCCGAGUGAUUAAAGGAGUGUCCGCCACUGCACCGGCCUCAGCCAAUUCCCGGGUCCAUCUCAGUGCCAAGAAAGUGCUGCAGAGCAAAAACGUUGACCACUCGAAGGCACGUGAAGUGCUAAAGAUGGCCAAAGCACAGAAGAGGCAGAGGGAAUCGGUCACGGGCAGCAGCGGUAACACGAAGGCCAUGACGAGGGCCGCAGCUCUUCAGGAGGCCCACCAGAAGGUCCACUUCACCCGACGACUGCAGCAGAUCAGUGGAGGAGGACCAGGCAUGUCCAACCCGCUGCCACCCAGGAUGCGCAUCAAGCCUCAAAGGUACCGUAAUGAAGAAAAUGAUUCUUCCUCAUGUAAGCCACCUUGCUUGGAGAAAGUGCCAGGAGGAGGGCGUUUAACGCUGCCUAAGCUAGCUGCUCCUCGCUGCACCUCCACACGCUCCGCAGGCCAGGCCACUGCCGCUGCAGAGCCUCAGGGGCCAGACAGAGAGCUGGAUCCCCCACUGAGGCAGGCGCGACCCAAACCCCAACCGCUCUCCCAGCCACCCUCGGACGACAGCAAACCGCAGCCUGAGCCAGAGGAACAGGGGCGGGAGAUACGCGGGAGCAAGGCUGGCAACCUGGUGGUAUACAUGACCCUGAAACCCAGGCAGCCCGACUCCUCUAGUACCUCCAUGUGCAGUGUCGAUAGUGCAGAUGACUUAAAGUCAUCAAACUCUGAGUGUAGCUCGACCGAGACGCUUGACUUCCCUCCUCCUGGCGAUUUUCGAUCUGCCUCUGCCCCUGGCACAUCUUCCACUUUCGUCUCUGCCUCUUCCUCUGCUCCCAAGGAUUCAAAAAAGCGCAGUAAAUCCCUCAAAGCUGCAGUUUUUUCCAAAAAUGUCUCGAAGUGUGUUGCUCUGGAUGGCAGGACCAUUUGCGUAGGGGACAUUGUGUGGGCUAAAAUCCUUGGCUUCCCUUGGUGGCCUGCCCGCAUCUUAGCUAUCACAGUGAGCCGCAAAGAUAAUGGGCUGUUAGUCAGGCAGGAGGCCCGCGUCUCCUGGUUUGGGUCACCUACCACUUCCUUCCUGGCAAUUACUCAGCUUGCCCCCUUUCUAGAAAACUUCCAGUCUCGCUUUGACAAGAAGAGAAAGGGCCUGUACCGUAAAGCCAUCACAGAGGCCGCCAAGGCAGCCAAACAGCUCACUCCUGAGGUUCGCGCCUUGCUAACUCAGUUUGAGACGUGAGUCUGUGUGCCUUUGAAAGGUAGGCAAAGCAGGCUCCGCUUUUGCCCCAUACCCCUUUCAGAAAAGAAAGAAUACAAACUCUUCACCCCUUACCGUACCCAGCCACCUUGCAGAGAGAAGCCCAAAAAGUGUCAGGCCAGUCAACCAGGACUCAUUUAUUUUCAUGGGAAAAGCAGAAAUUAGGGAGUCUGGGGAGCUGAAUGUUGUUGGAAGUUGACUGAGAUGCUGAAUAAUGAUAAUGAUAGGGAAAUGCUUGUCAUGAUUCAUGUGACGAAAUACUCUCAUGUAUAAUUUAACUUUCUUUUGAGCCCAUAUGCCAUAUUGAAUCUAUCAUUUGAUAUUUUCACAUCAGUAUUUUACUGUAUUAGUGUGUAAUUAAGCCUUUUUUUCUUCCCAGAUCAUUCAUUUGCUUAAACCUGUAGUGUCAUAUAGUAAAAGAAUCAGUCAGUGGAAGAAAUUUGUAUUAUUUUUUAUUAUUAAUGUUAUUAUUCCUAAUCUUUUAAAUAGUAUUUAUUGAAUUGGACGUGGUUUAGACAGGAUAAAUGGUUCUAUAGCUAAAAGGACGUUUCAGGGAGAUGUGAAUAUUGGUCCAGAUUCAGACAGAUUAAAGGCAUCGCUUUUGUUUCUAGAUUAUAGCUUCCUUGUGGGUAUGUAGAAAAGAGGCACUGUGGGCUUUGAUGGAAACAGUUAAGUGUUCAUGAGGAGUUUGAACCACUCCGCUAGACAUCUCUUACUCUAACACUCGCUGUAAAACUGAACAACACAUCUUAAGGCCUGUGCAUAAGAAAGACAGUAAAAUGUGAAAAAGGACCCUGGUGGGUACAAAGUCUCUAACUCAGGUAGACGAAGAGACUUGCCUGGUGCUGCUCCUCCUUUAUAAUCAGACUUAAUCAGAUGCUGGAUCCUUGGUCUGAGGAGAAGAGAGGAGUCUUGAUCUGGGUGUGGUUCUUGGCCAGCCGUGGCUUCGCAGGCAGUUUAGCUGAGGUUUUGUUGGAGGUGUGUACAAGCCAAAGCCGCCUCAAGUGCCAGAGAGCGGAGUGAGCAGAGGCCCUGUUCAUCUCUUAGCAGAUAAAACCAGAAGCAGACGUGCCAGCUGAACUGAGCAGCCCUGAUUCCCACCUUCACAGCUGCAACUGCUCGCUUCACUUCUCCUUCCUCCUCUCACCCACUUCACAGCUCCUCUCUUCUCCAAUUCUCUCCUCCAUUUGUCACCAUCUCACAUCUUCUUUCUCUCCUACCUUUCCCAUGUGUUUGUCUUCCACUCUCUCUCAUAUAUAUAUAUAUAUAUAUAUAUAUAUAUAUAUAUAUAUAUAUAUAUAUAUAUAUAUAUAUGAUUUUAUCUUAAAUAUUCCUGUUCCCUCAUUCUUGUGUGGUUGCGAUAGUUUCUUUUGGUUCAUCCGUUGUUUAUCACCGUGCUUCAUCAUGAGCACACUUUGUUACAGUCGAGCAUUAAAAUUCAUAAGUUGCAUUAUACCGUUAAGAGAAGACUGUUAUUAAACUGUCUUGCCGAAAACUAGAGCACUGAAGCACAAGACAGCAGUUCUGAUAAGUAAAUAUAAUAUGUUUAACCAUAAUUAUGCGUUAAAGCUUCUUUAAAAAAAAUCGUGUUGGCUUAGUAGUUCAAUGAUUUCUCUGAUUCUAGUGUUUUGUCUCUCGGAGGAAUGUUUUAAACGGUGUUUAUUUGUUGUGCCUGAACUUUAUUUUUAUGUCAUUUCACUUUUUUUUUGGAUCACAGGGCUGAACAUGUGGGAUACACAAUUGUAUAUUGGCAUAUAUACAGUAUUCAACAUGUAUUUUCCCAGAUGAAUUGGGUGAGGAAGUGGUGUACUGAGAACAUUUCAUACCUGAGAACAAAUGGUUUUAAAUUUUUAUGAAGCAAGUGAGUGAUGUUAAGGGAAAAUGUGUAAUUUCUCUGUAUCCAUGUUUGUCCUUCACUUGCAUUAGCAUUCUGAACUGUAUUUUUUCCACCUGAGAAGGGAUUUACUGUAAGAGAGCCUGGUCUUCACAAGUACAGUAGUCACGUAGGCAGAGAUCAGGAGCUUGAGAUAAAAAAAAAACACUUUGCUUGGUAGACCACACUGACUGACUGACGUUUAUUUGUCAAAAGCAGAGCAAAAUGGUAUUUAUUUUUGGUGGUUGGCUUUGUUUCAUUUCGAUCUCUUUAUUUUUUACAUUUAUUAUUUCUAUCUGUUUGCAGGUCAGAGAAUGCUGUAAAACAAUUGAAAAAAAAUUACAGUGGAAGAUAUUGUGUACAUGUUUUCUGAUGUUUUAAGAGUAUAUAAAUAAAAUGUGAACUUCAAGAA